UCUAUAUGUACAAACGGGUACAAGUACCCUACUGAUGUGACACUGACUGUAUUUAUCAUCACGACGGCGGUUCCUUUGACACAGCUCCGACGUCGAUUUUUCUCGCCGGCGAUCUUACCUACUCAUCACACAUUAAGAAGCUCGGAGUUACUACAAUGGAACCUAUAUCUGCUCUGGGCAUUUCACAUAUUCUUGCAAGGCAAUUGUUUUUUAGCGUAUGCUUCAUACUGUUUCGAUAUCAAUCAGUCGAGGACAUAAUUUCUGAAGUGUUUGAGGAAUUUAAUUUCCUCCGAGAAUCAGGUUUACUUCAGUUUUGGAAAUGUAUCGGAUAUCUUGAUUCAGAGGAUAUUGGGUGCAAUCUUGUAUUAUUAGAUAAGCCUUUUAGAUUAACUGAUCAAAACCAUGAAGAACUCAAGAAUUACAGGAGGAAAUCUCAUGAUAAUGUUAUUAGAUUUGUUGGCGCACAAAAAAAGGUCACUGGAAACUGGUUUGCUGGGCGUGCAGCUCAAACAGGGAUUGCAGAUCAUAGGACAAAAGAUCUUGUACAUAGUCAUCAUUAUCAACAAUAUGCUGAAGCAGCAGGCAUGGGGCAGUGCGUUCUGCCUGUGUUUUAUGUUGUCGGUGAUAGGAAGAAACUCGCCGGAGUCAUCGAGCUAGUCACAAGUGUACCAAAAGAAAGUUAUGUUGAGGAUUUCAAUCAGUUGGUGCACUUACUGGGGGGUAGAGGCUUAGAAUCCAGUUACAUGGGGAAGACGAUAAAAGUUCAAUAUGAUGAUAUGAUCAAGUUUAACCUACCCAUUUCAGCCAAGUUCACAGACCUGCUGAAGGAAGUGACAAACAGGUUCCAGGAAUUAAAGUACAAACAUGUCUGUAUCAAGUACAAAAGCAACCACCGGAUUUCAAAUGAUGAAGACCUCCAGAAGUGCAUGAAGGAAUCCAAUUCAAAGGGGGAAGCAUUCAUCAGAAUGUUUAUUGAACACGUUGGUGGUACUUGUGAUUGCACUUCGGGGGAGAUAAUCUGAUCAUGACAUCUUACUAAUUAACCCAAUUAUUGGGACAAUAGCAUUUGACCAACAAUCUACACAACUUCUUAUAUCUAUUUUUGACAUCAUCAUCAUUGUUUUUACUUUUCUGAUCGAAGGUGUAAAUUUUAGGAUGAUUGUAGCUACAGGGUUCCCCAUGUGUUUUAUUUCAUUAAAUAUAGUAAUUAUCUUUAUUUUA